UACAGUUCACAGUAAAAACAAAGUUAACUAUGAGGUUCAGAAUUUUUUAUUAAUUCUCUCUAAAAAUCGUGGUAUUAUUCAUUACGUGCUUGUUUAUCAUUCAAAGAAUGGACAAAUAAGAAGUUAUAAUGAAUAAUUUUUGUUUAAAAUUGAAAGAAAUAUGAAGAAACUCGCGUAAAGAGAACGAUUUGACAGAUCAGCUGACACAACCUAACCUAUUAAACAUUUACACAUAGAAACAUUCUCACACGUAUUGCAUGUCAAAACAAAGAUGAAAGUCAACUAAAGACCACAAGUAAUCGUGAUUUGGAAUUUCGUCAUUGAUGUUUCGAGUGUUUUCAUAAAAUUUUGAGUGUAUUGUGAAAGUCUCUGAAAGUUGUUUAUGAAUUAAAUAACAAAGAAAUUUCCUUCGAAAAUGGGUGUCAUUUUUCUGGAACAUAUUGGAGGCUCUCGUCUAUUUUCUUGCGCAUCUUGCGACACAAAUCUCACAAACAGAGGUCAAUUGAUAAGCACUCGUUUCACUGGUGCAACUGGACGAGCUUUUCUUUUUAAUAAAGUCGUCAAUCUCAAUUAUAGUGAGGUGCAAGAUCGAGUAAUGUUAACAGGACGUCAUAUGGUUCGUGAUGUGAGCUGCAAAAAUUGUGAUUCGAAACUCGGAUGGAUUUAUGAAUUUGCAACGGAUGAAAACCAAAGAUACAAAGAAGGUCGUGUAAUUCUAGAACGCGCUCUCGUUUCGGAAAGCGACGGAAUGAGCGAUAAUGUUUAAAACUAUUACCAAUUUCUAGAGUUCUUUAUUAGAUUGUAAGAGAUAAGUAUAGUUUUUUUUUCUUUAAACUAUUAUUUGAAUAUGUUUCACUGGAAAUUUGAAACAAUCUUCUUUUUUACAUUCAUCACUCUUUCUGAAAGAAUUGCAUCAAAACUACUGCCUUUAAUUCGUCUUUUGAAAAUUGAUAAAAAAAAAAAUGGCAUUACUUUUUAGAAAAGUGUUUUCACAAAGAGAAAUAUUCUAAUAAUUAAUCAAAUUAAUAUCCACUUAAAAUAUAAAGGCGAAUUAAAAAAAA